CUCACCUUUCAUCUGCACAUAGCAGCAAUGCAAUACUCUACUUGAUGCGCACAUACACAAAACCCAGUCGUGACGAAAAUUAUCUCGUCGGUGAUCUCCAAUAAUGAUGGUGUUGUGGUGCCUUGUGACAGGUGUGUAGUCAAUUGAACUCGAGUGACCGAGUCUGUAGACUAGUCGUGGCAUGCCUGCCGGAACAACAGGACGGCAGAACGGGUUAUUCGAUGUCGGUGGCGUGGUGGUGAUACAGACAGAAGAAUCUGCAUAUACACACGACGAGCGAGGCGAGACACAUACAAGACAAAGCCAAAUAAGACAGACGAGACAGACAGCAUGCAGAACCCUUCUAGACCCCACCUUAAUUUUAAUCGUCUAUUUCUUGGUUGGAUUAAAUUGCAGCUUUCUUGUCUUUUCUCUGUUUGGCCAUCAUCUGUUGGUUGUUAAGUCUCACAAGAACAUUAAUGACAGGACAAUGAGACAAGACACUAAUACAACAACGACUUUGAUGGUUUGUGUCCGGGUUUGGAACCGACAUGCAAACCCAAAGACUUCGAUCUGUGUUUGAUGAGGGCGACUUGACGAUCAUGAGCCGUCUUAUGAAGGCUUGACGUACAAAUGAUUUGGGCAUAAUUAUCAUUUUCUCUCUGUCUCUGUCUUUCUCUCAGUCUGUACGUGUAUGUGUCAGAUGCUGUCAAGGUUCCAUUCUAUGUCUUGGUUGUCUGAUUUUUGUUCCGAGAUAUCUACAAUCAAAACCACCUUGACAGAAAUGGGGGCCAAGCGCUACGCGGAUUACCUGUUUGUACAUCUCCGCCGGCAUGCACUCUGUUAGCGUGGUACCGCCACCUCGCAGAAUUUGACUGGUUGGCGGCAGGCAUAAUACCAACCGUUCUCUUGUAAAUGCUGGCAGAGGUGUGAAGAGAAAAGGCGAGACUUGCGGAAAUACGACCCGGCGGAGGCGUAUCUGAUUCGCUAUUUCGGAUUGGAGGACGGAUGGACGCUAUUGCAAGCAAGUUCGCAAACUUUACCUUGAAGAUG